CGACAUAUUGAAACCGAAUUGAAUGCUAAAGGUGAUAUUGUUCAAGUGCGAUGUCCAAAGUCUCGUUGCACAACAGAGUUGACUUAUGAGAAUUUAAGAAGAUUAGCUCCAAAAGAAUUAUUCGAAAGGUGUAUGACACGUUGCUACUACGCGCUGCCAUUCGUAAGCUCCCUGACUUUCAUUGGUGAAAGGCACCUAGAUGCGGUUCCGGUCAAGAGCACACGACCGGAG